ACAGCCAUCUCUGUGAGCGGGAGUGAAAGGCUGCUGCUUGGAUUCAGUCGGAGAAUGGAAAUUGCUGUUGUAUUAAACAAUAAAACUGACACUCACCGAGCCAAAAUGCUUAUGUUAUCAUUAAUUAGCUCAGGGAUUGCUCGUUCUUGUUACCUAACUGCGUCGCUAGUUAGUCGAACUCGUCUUGAAGCUUCGUGAAGAGAGCUAGCUAGCCCUCAGGCUGUAAUACACGGUCAACUGAGGCUAUACAUAUACGUUUAGGACAACCGUGCCCUCGUUAACCAUAAUAUUCACGGAACGGUUUGCUAAUAACCGCUAAAAUAUCGUGACAGCACUGCUUGGCGUAGUUAGCACCGCUGUUAGCAUAGCGGCUAGUUAGCUCACUCAGUUAUGACAGAUCGUUUCGGCGGCUGUAGCUGUUAGUGGUUGAGCAUUUAGACAUGCCAUUAAGGUGUAUUAACAGACCAGCCUUAGUGUUACACUGCAGUCGGUUUAAUACCCUCGUUUGGUGAUGUUUCAUAACGGAGUGACAAAUGUGGCAAGUCAUAGUUGUGCUACAUCAUAGCUAGCUAGCCCAAAAUGCUAUAUUCAAACCAACAAGCGCCAAAACAUGAAGCGGUGACAGAAGAUGACAGAUGUUAGAGCCCAUUCAGGUAGUGGGCACUGAUUGAUAUAUGAAGUAAAUGAUCAGUUACAACCACUUGAAUAACUAAUGUAACUCACGUGCCUUUUGCCGACAAUAAAAUUAGCUAAUGCUAACUUGCGUUCGUCAAAUGAGAAGGUAAACAUGUCAGUCGGUCUUUGGUAGAGCUACAAUUGAUGUAAGACCUUUAUUUUGUGCUUUUGGUCCUAUGUGUGACUCAUUAAUGUUUGAUCAGAUAUAACACAUCAUACCUGUGCCCAUUUACACUCAGCUGCCAGUUUACUGUCUACACUUCCUGAUUGUAUUCUACAUAGAAGAGAACUGUAUACAAUGGGCAUGAGGGGAGCAGCAACUUUUCUUUUGCUCUCAGCCCCCCUUGUAAUUUAACUUGGUCUUGAAAGUACGUUGCACAUUGGCUAGGCCCUGCUAUUAAACUAAUGUUUGACUAUCAUCAGCAAUUGCAAACUAUUUUUAUUUUUUGGUGCAUGUAUCACUGUGUGUCUGUGUUAUUUGGCCUAUGAGUACCAGUAUGCGUUUCAAAUAAAUCUCCUACUUCUGUCACUCCAGCAGCUAAAGCAUGCUCCUGGCCCAGAUAAACCGGGACUCCCAGGGAAUGGCAGAGUUUCAUGAUGCAGAUGGGCAGCCAGUCACUCUCUGUCUGACGGAGGCUGUGACAGUGGCAGAUGGUGAUCAGAUGGAGAGCAUGGACACAGUGAGCCUGCAGGCUGUGACUCUUGCAGAUGGAUCCACUGCAUAUAUCCAACAUGACUCCAAAGCCUCCUUUUCUGAUGGACAGAUUAUGGAUGGCCAGGUGAUCCAGCUGGAGGACGGCUCUGCUGCCUACGUUCAGCAUGUGUCUAUGCCUAAAGCAGGAGGGGACAGUUUACAGCUCGAAGAUGGACAGGCAGUUCAGUUAGAAGAUGGAACAACUGCCUAUAUUCACACGCCAAAAGAUGCAUAUGACCAGAGUGGCCUGCAGGAGGUACAGUUGGAGGAUGGCAGCACUGCCUACAUCCAGCACACAGUGCACAUGCCUCAGUCCAACACCAUCCUGGCCAUCCAGGCUGAUGGCACCAUAGCAGACCUGCAGGCUGAGGCCACGGCCAUCGACCCAGAGACCAUCAGCGUGCUGGAACAGUACACAACCAAGGUGGAAAAUAUAGAAAACCCUUUGGGGUCCUUUGGCAGAGUGGAAACAGACAAUGGUGUCCACAUGCGGAUUGUGUUACAGGGUCAAGACAACAGGCCAGGAAGGGUCUCAAAUGUAGGAGAAAAGUCUUUCCGCUGUGAAUAUGAAGGCUGUGGAAAGCUCUACACCACUGCCCACCACCUUAAAGUACAUGAGCGCUCCCACACUGGAGACAAACCAUAUGUCUGUGAUUAUCCUGGCUGUGGAAAGAAGUUUGCAACAGGGUAUGGACUGAAGAGUCAUUCACGCACACACACGGGGGAGAAGCCAUACAGAUGUCAGGAGAUGAAUUGCUGCAAGUCCUUCAAAACCUCUGGAGACCUUCAAAAGCACACGAGGACUCAUACAGGAGAGAAGCCUUUCAAAUGUCCAGUGGAUGGAUGCGGCAGGUCGUUUACCACCUCCAACAUCCGUAAAGUUCACAUCAGAACACACACCGGAGAGCGGCCAUAUUAUUGCUCUGAGCCAAGCUGCGGACGGUCAUUUGCCAGUGCUACCAACUACAAGAACCAUAUGAGGAUUCAUACUGGAGAGAAACCAUAUGUGUGCACAGUUCCUGGCUGUGAAAAGCGCUUCACAGAAUACUCCAGUCUAUACAAACACCAUGUUGUUCACACACCCUGCAAACCUUACAACUGCAACCAUUGUGGGAAAACCUACAAACAGAUCUCCACGCUCGCUAUGCACAAACGCACGGCACACAAUGACACAGAGCCCAUUGAGGAGGAGCAAGAAGCCUACUUUGAACCCCCAACAGAUGCCAUCGAUGACCCUAACGUGAGCUACACAACGGCAGUGGUUGAGGCAGAUGACUCUGGCUCAGAACAAGUUCCAGUAGAAAGCUCAGACAUGGUGGGUCAGCAGCAUGUUGCCUUGGUAACGCAGGAGGAUGGAACACAACAGCAGGUCAGUAUUUCUGAAGCUGACUUACAAGCUAUGGGUGGCACAAUCACCAUGGUAACGCAAGAAGGCACAACCAUAACAAUCCCAGCCCACGAACUGGCAACACAAGGCGCACACUCUGUUACCAUGGUGACAACAGACGGCUCAGAUGAACAGGUGGCCAUCAUGACACCCGACAUGGCCUCAUUCCAGACUGUGGAGGAGGCAGGCUACAGCCAGGAACAGGAUGAUAUUCAUCCUGUCACGUUACUGGCCACCUCCAAUGGCACUCACAUUGCUGUGCAGCUUAGUGAUCAGCCUUCGCUGGAAGAAGCCAUAAGAAUAGCGUCGAGAAUACAACAAGGAGAGUCACCAGGCCUGGAUGAUUGAUGGACUCAUUAAGGACAGUGAUUUAGGAUGAAGACCAUUUAAAAUGGACUAUAUCAAUGGGAGAAAUCAUUCAGAGUCUUCCACCAUGUUUUUUUCCACAAAAGAACUUAGCUUUUAUGUGUACAUAGGAUUUUGAUAACUGGAGUUCUGCUAUGCUAUUUUGUCCCUCAACUAAAAACAUGGGAGAGGGGAAAAAUGCUUUCUAAUGUUUAUGGUGCACAGUGCACAGUACAGUGUACAGCUAAUGCUAUUUCUAAUAAAAAAAAUAUUGUGUGACCAAU